AAAAACCCCGAUAAGUGUCACUGGGGGCGUGUACAUGCUGUUCGCCCCUCUCUACCAACAAGGAAGCGACCUCUGGGUCAAAUUGGAUUCACGAAACGAGCCACUUUCUGCAGCUUGUUAACGGACUUCAUAUAUUCUCCCCGUUUCGUUGUUGCUCGGUGACGGCCGGGGUCAAAAUGUCGUCGAUGGAUCUGGAGAAGCUGAAGAUGACAGGGGCUGGUCGAGCCUUAGCAGUCCUGACCAGUGGUGGAGAUGCACAAGGGAUGAAUGCUGCUGUGCGAGCUGUGACCCGAAUGGGCAUCUAUGUGGGGGCCAAGGUCUACCUUAUUUAUGAGGGCUACCAGGGUUUGGUGGACGGGGGAGAUAACAUCAAACUAGCACACUGGCACAGUGUGACCAACAUUAUCCAACUGGGUGGGACUGUGAUCGGUAGUGCUCGAUGCAAGGCCUUCACGACCCGUGAGGGCAGGCUAUCUGCUGCCUUCAACCUGGUGAAAAGAGGCAUUACCAACCUGUGUGUGUGCGGUGGAGACGGCAGCCUCACCGGAGCCAACAUUUUUCGCAGCGAGUGGAAAGGUCUGCUGGCUGAGCUCGUAGAGAAAGGAAGGAUCACAGACUCUUUGGCAAAGCAGCAUAACCACCUUAACAUCGUGGGGCUUGUGGGCUCCAUAGACAACGACUUCUGUGGCACUGACAUGACCAUCGGAGCAGACUCUGCACUGCACCGCAUCAUGGAGAUAAUUGAUGCCAUCAUGACCACUGCACAAAGCCACCAGCGUACCUUUGUUCUUGAAGUCAUGGGGCGCCACUGUGGGUAUCUGGCGCUGGUGUCAGCACUGGCAUCUGGGGCAGAGUGGCUCUUUAUUCCAGAGGCGCCUCCUCAGGAGGGCUGGGAAGACCGUAUGUGCGCCCGUCUGGAAGGGAGCCGCACUACAGGAUCCAGACUCAACAUUAUAAUUAUUGCAGAAGGAGCCAUCGACACAAAUGGAGAGCCAAUCACUUCAAAUUAUGUAAAAGAUCUGGUGGUAAACAGGCUAGGUUAUGAUACCAGAGUGACUGUGCUCGGACACGUUCAGCGAGGAGGAACUCCCUCAGCGUUUGACAGAAUACUGAGCAGUAAGGUAGGCGUGGAGGCAGUGGUUGCCCUGAUGGAGGCGUCUCCGGACACCCCGGCCUGUGUCAUCGGCCUGUCAGGUAACCAGCCUGUCCGUCUGCCCCUCAUGGAGUGUGUGGAGAUGACUAAGUUGGUGCAGAAGGCCAUGAAUGAGAAGAGGUUUGAUGAGGCUAUCAAACUGCGUGGAGGGAGUUUUGAGAACAACUGGAACAUCUACAAGCUUCUUGCCUUGCAAAGGCCCGCUCAGUCUCUGAGCAACUUCUCUCUGGCUAUCCUGAAUGUUGGAGCUCCAGCUGCCGGCAUGAAUUCAGCAGUGAGGUCUGCUGUGAGAUUAGCAGUCGCUCACGGACACAAGGUCUACGCGGUCAGCGAUGGCUUUCAAGGGCUCGCCAAUGGAUCGCUGUCAGAGAUGCAGUGGCACACUGUGGCUGGAUGGACAGGCCAAGGGGGCUCGCUGUUGGGGACAAAACGAACUCUUCCAAACAAAUACUUGGACAAGAUUGUAGACACCAUCACCAAAUUCAACAUCUCAGCUCUGCUUGUAGUUGGGGGGUUUGAGGGGUAUGAAGGUGUGCUGCAGCUGUAUGAAGCCCGGGAUCGCUAUGAUGAGCUCUGCAUCCCCAUGUGUGUCAUACCUGCUACCAUCAGCAACAAUGUCCCUGGAACUGACUUCAGCCUGGGAGCAGACACCGCUGUCAAUGCUGCCAUGGAGGGUUGUGACAAGAUUAAACAGUCAGCCAGUGGUACCAAGAGACGUGUGUUUGUGGUGGAAACUAUGGGUGGUUACUGUGGCUAUCUGGCAACCUGCACUGGUAUAGCUGUGGGUGCUGAUGCAGCCUACAUCUUUGAAAACCCCUUCAAGAUCCAUGACCUGAGGACCAAUGUGGAACAUUUAAAAGAAAAAAUGAAGAAGGACAUCCAGCGAGGUCUAGUGCUGAGGAAUGAAAAAUGCCAUGAACACUACACUACAGACUUCAUCCAUAAGCUGUACUCAUCUGAGGGAAAGGGCAUUUUUGACUGUAGAGUCAACGUGUUGGGACACCUUCAGCAGGGAGGAGCACCUUCUCCCUUUGAUAGAAAUUUCGGCACCAAGUUGGGCGUGAAGGCUGUCCAGUGGAUCUCUGAGAAACUGACUGAAAACUUCCGUCAAGACCGGGUGUUUGCCAACGCACCAGAUACGGCAUGUGUGCUUGGCCUCAACAGGAAGGUGGUCUCAUUCACCCCCGUCACUGAACUGAAGGCUGUGACUGACUUUGAGCACCGGAUGUCCAAGGACCAGUGGUGGUUUGACUUGCGGCAGAUCCUGAAAAUGUUGGCCAAGUACCAAACCAGCUUCUGUGAAUAUGUCCCAGGAGAGAUUGAACAUGUGACUCGCCGGUCCCUCAGCAUCGACUCUGGGUUCUAGGCUCUCUUCUCUUGACUCUAUUCUCUACACUUUUUAAAUAACCCUUAUCUGUCCAUCUUUUUUUAUUUACACACACUUUCAAAAUGUUAUGAUUUCUUGUGCCAAAGUGCAAGCAAACUAUAGAGUCAAAUCACUGCCAUGGACAACUAGGUGAACAGUGAAGCAAUAAUUUAAUUAAUUUACUAAUGAAAAUCUGUUAUAUAAAUCAUAUUGUAUGUGGUGUGAAAUUAAUGGGUUGCCUACACAAUCACAUACGUAAAAGGCAUGCAAGUAGAUUUUUGCCUUUAUUUGAACACAAACCUAAAGUAAACUAAUUGUGUAUAUCAGUGUCUUCUCAUUAGCUACAAAUGAGAGCCAUGACAUUUUGGAGCUUAUGAAUUUUACACACUUUAAUAAAAGUUUGAGUUAUGAAAAUGUCUGAAACUUAAACU